AUGGAACAAGAAGCAGCCCAGGUCUCAAGAGUCGCCGUUCGGAUGCCAGAGUUUGUAGCCGCCGAUCCCGAAUUAUGGUUCGCCAUGGCUGAAGGAAGCUUUCUUUGCUCCGGAGUGACACAAGACCGGACGAAGUUUGGCUACAUCGUAGGAGCCCUGCCAGCAAAAUUUGCCGCCGAGGUGAAGGACAUCAUAAUGAACCCACCUACCGACGGGGCCUACGAGAAAUUGAAGAUGGAGCUGGUGCGACGUCUGAGUGCCUCCCAAGAAGAGAAGACCCGCCGCCUACUGGAACGAGAGGAAAUGGGGGAUCGUAAGCCGUCACAAUUCCUUCGACAUUUACAGGGACUCGCAGAUCCAACCGUCCCAGAAGCCCUGAUGAAAUCCCUGUGGAUGAGCCGUCUACCCAAGUGUGUCCAGGUGUCAUUGGCCAUCAUCAAGGACACGAAUCUCGAAGACUUGGCAACCCAUGCAGACAAUAUAAUGGAAGCCUCCCGACCUAUCGUCCACCAGAUAGCAGAGACAACCAACAUAGAGGCCAUCAUCGAUAGGAAGCUGGAGCAAAUGGUCUUAGGACUGAACCUGGAGAUAGCAACCCUGCGGGCAGAGCUGGCAGCACACCACCGAGAGCGACCCAAGAGAGAUGGUAGCCGAAGCCGUUCCCACGACCGUCGAAGAAGCCAGAGUCGCAGACGAUCGCCAACUGACGGACACUGCUGGUACCAUACGAGAUUUGGAGCCAGGUCCACGAAGUGCGUGCAGCCCUGCAACUACACCUCGGGAAACGAAGGGGGCCUUCACUAG